AGUGAUCUAUCUUCGUCGGUGCAUAGUUAUGUAUAUAUUCCUCCCAUUAUUCGUCUUUUCCCUGUGUUUAAAGAGUAUCAAUUACAUAUAACCCACAUCAAGAUCAAUCCAUAUAACUAAACCAUAUCACAUCACAUCACAACACAACUAUCAACUCAUCCAUCCAUCCAUUCAUCUCAUCCAUAAACUAAUCACACUUCAAACAUGCUGAAAGCUCAAACAAGUUCUAUACUGCAGACCUUGUCCCAACAGUAUGCUAAUAGUAUCACUACCGAUGGAUCCAAUUCAAUCAUCACUAAUACUAAACAUUCCGAAGAUUCAGUUAAUUUCAUUACUUUCAAUCAAGAUGCUUCAUGUAUAGCGGUUGGGUUAAACAACGGGUAUAAGAUCUUCAAUUGUAAACCUACCUUUGGCAAAUGUUAUCAAUAUAGAAAGGAAGAAUCAAUUGGAAUCAUUGAAAUGUUAUAUUGUACUUCAUUAAUCGCUGUGGUGGCAUUAGGUGAAGAACCAGGAUCAUCACCAAGAAAAUUAAGAAUUAUAAAUACAAAAAGGCAAUCAACUAUUUGUGAUUUAAUAUUCCCUACCACUAUAUUGCAAGUAAAAUUAACUAAAAAACAAUUGUUGGUUUUAUUAGAAGAUCAAAUUUAUAUUUAUGAUAUUACAACUAUGAAAUUAUUACAUACUAUUGAAACAAGUCCAAAUCCAAAUGGUAUAUGUACUAUAUCAACCAUACUUGAUGAAGAAGGAAAUAAUUAUUUAGCUUAUCCUUCACCUCCAAAAACUAUUACUCAUGAUUCUUUAUUAGUUACCGGUAUUAAUACUAAUGGAGGUUCAAAUUCUGUUCAAAAUAAUAUUCAAUCAGUUAGUAAUACUCCUAAUAGAGUAGGAGAUGUUAUUAUAUUCAAUUUAACUACUUUACAACCAAUAUCAGUUAUAGAAGCUCAUAAAUCAGCUUUAGCUGCUAUUGCAUUAUCAAGUGAUGGAAGAUUAUUAGCUACGGCAUCUGAUAAAGGAACUAUUGUAAGAAUAUUUUCAGUUGAAUCAGGAUUAAAAUUAUAUCAAUUUAGAAGAGGUACAUAUCCAACAAAGAUAUAUUCUAUUAGUUUUAGUUCCGAUAAUAGAUAUAUAGUAGCUACAAGUUCAAGUGAAACAGUUCAUAUCUUUAGACUAGGUGAAGAAGAAGCCUUAGCAACAAAACAUAUGCAAAAGAAAUUAAAUUCGACUAAUAUUAAAAAGAAAUCAAAACCGGAAUAUGAUCCAAUAGCUGAAGAAAUUGAAGAAGGUAGUACCACAUCCAAAAAGGAUUUAGAUAAUAAUGAAGAUUUUAAUGAUAUUCGUGAUGAUGGUGAUGAUAGUGAUGCUGAUGCUGAAGAUGUUGAUGAUGAUGAACUAGAUGAAGUUAUAAGUAAUAAACAAAGGAAAUUAUCCCAAGGUUCAACUAAUUCCUAUGUUAGUGUUAAUUCAGGAUUAAGUAAUGAAGAAAAUCCUAAUGCAAAUGUUUCUAAUACAUUAAAGAGUGAACCAUUAAUAGAUCAAAAUAGGCUCUCCGUUGCCAGACUUAUAAGGCGAUCAUCUCAAACUUUAGGUAGAAAAGCAGCUCAAAAAAUGGGAGAUUUUUUACCAUUACGAUUUUCAUCAAUUCUAGAACCAACUAGACACUUUGCUUCUUUAAAGAUUAAUGCUAUUGGAAAAGAUGUUAAAUCUAUCGCUGUUAUGAAUAAUGAACUUCAACAUGAUUUUAUACCUCAAGCACUAUUAGUUAAUCCUAAGGAUCGCGAAACAAAUGCUGUCGCUAUUAAAGAUCUUCAUCCGUCUAAAGAUCUUUUAGAAUUAAAUCUCUUGCAUAUAUAUGUUGUGACAUCAGAAGGUUUCUUUUAUACUUAUGGAUUGGAUCCUGAAAGAGGUGGGGAUUGUAUUUUACUUAAUCAAUUCUCCUUAUUAGAAGAAGCUCUGGUAUGAUCAAUGGUGCUAUGUAAAUGUAUAUCUAACCUCGUGUAAUGUAUUUUGCUUAAAAAUAGACGUCGAUUAUUUAUGAUAAAAAGGCUUUAAAGAAAGUAAUUCGCAAUAAUGUAAAUCUCAUUUUUAGUGGUAUAGCCAUCUACCUACUCUAAAAUUAUUUAAUAUUCAAAGCUAAUGAUGCAUAAUAAGGG